AUGGAUUUCAAUGGCUCCUCGCCCUUCCCAGAAGGAGUCAUCUCCUUCCUCGACACCGACCUCUACAAGCUGACUAUGCAAUGCGCCGUCUUGAAAUACUUCCCGCAAGUCCCAGUGACAUACUCAUUCAAGAACAGAACACCUGAGAAGAAGCUCUCCAGAGCUGCAUUCAAGUGGCUCCAACUCCAAAUCAACAAGCUUGGGAACAUCGCGCUCUCGAACGAAGAGUUACGAUUCCUGCAAAAUACAUGCACGUACCUUGACAAACCUUACCUCGAUUUCCUCAAGGAUUUCCGCCUCAACCCUCGGGAGCAGAUCGUGGCAUCCUUUCUGCCGACUAGCGACACUGGCAGCGAUGAAGACCUAGGAGAAAUCGAUAUUGAAAUCAAAGGAUUAUGGGUCGAGACUAUUCUCUACGAGAUCCCGCUGCUCGCUCUGACAAGUGAGGCAUACUUUCGUUUCAUGGACACCGAUUGGACAUACGAUGGCCAAGAGGAGAAGGCAUACGACAAGGGCAUGAGGCUGCUCAAAGCAGGCUGUGUUGUUUCGGAGUUUGGAACCAGGAGAAGAAGAGAUUACCAUACCCAGGCGUUGGUUAUCCGUGGCUUGAUCAAAGCUAAGAAAGAGGGAGAGAAGACAGGAUUACCUGGCACUAUAUCUGGAACGAGUAAUGUUCACCUGGCGAUGAGAUUUGGCAUUCCACCAGUCGGAACAGUGGCACAUGAAUGGUUCAUGGGAGUUGCCGCUAUUACAGGUGACUAUAGUACCGCCACUUACAAGGCGUUGAGCUACUGGGUGGGCUGUUUUGGAGAAGGAGUCCUUGGCAUUGCCCUUACAGAUACUUUCGGAACGCCAGCUUUUCUAAAGGCGUUUGCACAACCUGUCCCAGAUCUUACGACCAUUACACCGGGAGCGCAACCUUCAACGGAGCCUCGAGGCGAGGAAAAGCCGCGGAAAACAUUUGCUGAGAUCUUCACGGGCAUUAGGCAGGAUUCUGGAGAUCCGGCCAAUUUUGUGAAAAUGAUGCGCGAGUUCUACGACGAGCAAAAUAUUAAGGAGCAAAAGACAAUCGUAUUCUCGGACUCACUUAAUAUCGAUCUCUGUCUUGAAUACAAGGAGGUUUCAGAAAAGGCUGGCUUCCGGCCUACCUUCGGUGUUGGUACUUUCUUCACAAAUGACUUUGUUCACAAGAGCACGGGGAAGAAGUCCGUGCCACUGAAUAUCGUCAUCAAACUGAGCUCAGCGAACGGUAAUCCGGCGAUCAAGAUCAGUGAUAAUAUUGGCAAGAACACGGGCGAUAAGGCGACGGUUGAGAAGGUGAAGAAGUCGCUGGGUUAUGUGGAGAGGGAAUGGGAGUUAGGAGACGAGUCUUCAAGAUGGGGGAAGGAAGGGGAGCCGGAAAAGAAAUGA